AUGAUAGAUGAAAACACAGAAUCUGAUCCAGAAGCAUUUGACAUGCCAGGUUCUGAACACAACAAAAUGAAUAAAGAACAUCCAUUGUACUUUUCACAUGGUGCAAAUGGGAGGAGUACAAUACAUACAUCAGGAAGCGGAAGCGCGGAAGGCAAGAAGGAGAUCGCUCGUAGAUUUGGCAUUGAUUUCAAUUUCAUAAAUUCCUUUGACGAAGCUUCCGGUUCCAGAAAAAAGGAUGAUUAUCCAUCGUACGACUCUCAUCUGGUGAAAGCAACAAAUGAGAUACUAUUGUCGAAAAAGGGCAACUGGAAAGGUAAUAUGAAGAUGAUGUUGGAUCAAAUCAAACUUGAGAAGCAUCGCAGGGAUUCAGUUGCGGAGAUAAUGCUUUUCCAAAUUUUAGCGGAAUUUCUUCGACUGAAUGGCUUACCAUUCAAGGUGUUGCUAGUUAUACAUCUCCAGUUGCUAGAAAUGAAAGCUACAGGAAACAAUUCGGCAGCGCGCACAAAUGAGAUACUCUUAUCAGAAAAGGACGAAUGGGAAGAGAUGAUGAUGAAGAUGUUGGAUGAAAUCAAAAUUGACACAAUCUCCGAAUUGGAGAAAAUUUUACUUCUCCAAGUUCUAAAAGGAUUUCUGUCAUUGAAAAAGUUACCAUCCUCGGUGCCAAAAGUCAUUUAUGUAAAAUUGAUAGAGCUGAAACCGAUAGAUAGCAUGUCAAAGAAUCGGGGCCAGCAGAGGGAGGUUAGUUUUGAUAGGAAAGUAGGAAGAUUAAGAUCCUCACAGGAGAGGAGCGCUAGGAAUCCAAUCGGGCAAGCAGAAAAUAUUUAUAUUUACCCACCAUCCCUCCCAGUAGGGGCUUAUAAGGUUGAGGACGAUGAGUUGAAUUGA